GUGUCGACGUGUCUUUGACGUGGCUCAUUUAAUCAAUCAACGUUGGUGAUGCAGAAUAUUCUUUGGGAAUUUGAAAGUUUUUGACUUUUGACCUAUUCUAAUUCUGUUUUCCAAUUUGUCAAGAAUCCAUGUCAAAAAGGAGGCUAGUAAGUCCACCGAGUGACUUCCAUGAUCCCUCGACAUAUUCCAAUCCAAACAUAUACUUCACUCGUCAUCUCUCCCUCGAGUUAGAUAUCAAUCCCUUUCAAAAAGUUAUCAAAGGCAUCGCGACAAUAGAAGUAGAAAUUCUUCAAGUAGAACAGGAUCCUUAUCUUGUAUUAGACAUACGAGGUCUUGAAAUAGCGCAGGUACAAGAUCCGAAAACAGGAAAGGGUUACUCGUACCAAAUAGAGCAUGGACUGCUAGGCAGUGCGUUGAAAGUCAGCCUUCGAGGGUUUUCCUUCCCUGAUCAGACUGUUCGGGUCCGAAUCUCAUAUAAGACUCAAGGUGAGGGUGGUGGCCAUCCUGUUGGAGGAGCUUGUGGAUGGUUAAGUCCGGAACAAACUGCAGGAGGGAAAUUGCCUUACUUGUUUACCCAAAGUCAGACUAUUCACGCGCGUUCCAUUUUUCCUUGUCAAGAUACGCCAAGUGCCAAAACUCCUUUUACAGCAACUAUUUCAGUUCCAGUGGAAUUUCGUGCUGUUAUGAGCGGCAUACUUAUAGAAGAACGCCGCAAACAAAUGAGAAAUGACGGAUCCACGUAUAAUUUAUUCAUAUUUGAGCAAAAAAUUCCGGUAGCAUCGUAUCUCAUUUCCAUUGCAGUUGGUGAGCUAGAGUCUCAGGAACUCUCCGAACGAUGUCGAGUAUGGACGGAACCGGCUAUGGUUGAAGCUGCGUGUUUUGAGUUUGGACAAACUGAACAAUUUGUGAAAGCUGUAGAGUCCGUCUGUGGUGCAUAUGCAUGGUCUCGCUACGACAUUCUCUGUUUGCCGCCUUCCUUUCCCUUUGGGCAAAAACUUACGGUUCGUAGGGCAAUGGAAAAUCCCUGCCUUACUUUUGUAACCCCAACCCUUCUUGCCGGAGACCGUUCUCUCGUUUCAGUCAUAGUUCAUGAGAUUGUUCACUGCUGGUCAGGAAAUCUUGUGACAUGUUGCAACUGGCAAGACUUUUGGUUAAAUGAAGGAAUAUCUCUCUUUCUUGCACGUAAGAUUACUUCAAAGAUUCGUCACAAGGACAGUAGAUUGAAUGGGACUCUGGAGUCCUUUUUUGGUCUUGAAACUUAUCUCGGAAGAGUCUCUCUAAAGCAAGCUUUGGAGUCAUUGGGAAAGGAACACGCUUAUACUCGCCUAGUUCCUGACCUUUCGGACGGAGUAGACCCCGAUGACGCUUUUGGACCGAGUCCUUACGAGAAGGGCUUUAACCUGCUUUUGAAGCUCGAAAGACUAGUAGGAGAAGACAAGUUUCUUCGCUUCUUGCGUUCCUUUUUCGAACGUUUUCAGUUUCAAAGUGUUUCCACUACAAAUUUUAUUGCCUAUUUUUCUGAAUAUUUUGCCGCCAAUAUAUCGAAACCCGAGUUUGAUAGUUUUGGUCGCCUUGUCUUUAAAGGUUUUGACUGGGACAAGUGGCUGUACUCUACAGGUGACCCUCCAGAAUAUCCAGAAGUGGACCUUAGUCUAGUUCAUGCUGCCCAGGCUUUGGCAAAACGCUGUAUUGAAACAGAGGCGAAAGCGCUGACUGCUUAUGAUGUUGAAGGAUGGGACUCGAGCCAAGUAAGUACCGCAUUUGCAUCUUUUGAAUUUAGAAUAAAUAAUUUUAUAUUGCAGAUGAUAGUAUUCCUUGACUCUCUUCUUUCGCAAGGUAACUGUUCUCUUGAUUUAGUUAAGCGAUUAGAUAUGCAGUUACGCCUGAAUCAUGGACCCAAAGGAAAGAAUGCGGAGAUUCGUUUAUUAUGGCUGAAACUUUCGUUGAGAGCACAUUAUGAACCAGCAGUUGAGAAUGCGAUUGAGUUUGUAACAACUCAAGGCCGAAUGAAAUACUUACGUCCAAUCUAUAAGGAACUUCAUUCUGAGUUUCCAAAAGGUUCCUUGGCUGUAAAUACUUUCACGAAGAAUAGAAAAAAAUACCACAACAUUGCCUCCAAGUUGUUAGCAAAAGACUUUGGACUGGAGUAAGGCAAAAAAUGGAAAAUUUCCUUUUCAUUAUUGUCG